ACCCAUAUCAACCUGCGGGAAUGGUUAUGGGACAGGAUCUUGUUAUUAUUCUUCCAUUAACAUGAAACACUAACACAAAAGCGCAAAAACCAAGCAAUGAUACAGAGGCGAUUAUUCUGUGCUCAAGCAUCAACUAUAUUACAACACCCAAACACCAUUAAAAACAAUUCUUUCAACAAAAAAUGGAGAAUCAAGCAAGUAAAAAAGUCCAAUUUCAAUCAAGUUAUGGAAGAAAUAAAGCCUCAUAUUUUCAAUUCAGAUUUCAUUGCAGUUUCUCUUCAAAGAACUGGGUCUUACUCUUCGCCAUGGCAGAAAGUUCUUCCCUCUGACACCCCAGAAAUCGCUUACUUGAAGGCUAAACGUUCAGCGGAGAGGUUUCAGCUACUUCAGUUUGCUGUUUGCCCUUUUACCCUUAGAGCAUCUAAGCUUACUGCUUACCCAUAUAAUUUCCACCUAUUUCCAAGGGAUGAACUGAAGAUCGGGAUGCCUUCUUACAGUUUUGCUUGUCAAACAUCAUACUUGACGUCCAUGGCUCAACUUGGUUUUGAUUUCAAUUCCUGCAUAUAUGAUGGGAUCUCAUACAUUUCCCGAGCUCAAGAAUCAAGUAUGAAACAUCUUACAGGAAAUUCAUUAAUGAGGGCACAUGCUGUUCAAUCUUCAUCAACACUAUCAACAGCUGAUUCCGUUUUCAUUCAGCGAAUAAAAUCACGAAUUAAAACAUGGAUAAAUGUUUGCAAGGACUCGAAAGGGGCUCAUGAAGAUCCAAUGGUGAAAGCUCUGAGAAAAGUUGUCGAAGGUGAUCAUGGAUCCAGACCUUGUAUUGAUGUGGAUGUUUGUAGUGAGCGUCAAGUGCAACUUGUCCUUGAGGUGGUGAAAGAAUACGCUGAUGAGACUGUCCCUCUGUUAAUCCCUGCUAAGGAUGGGAGCACUCAAGGAGUUCGGAUUGUUUUGACAAGUUCAAACGAGGAUAAAGAUCUUUAUGAGAAACAACUCCAAGAUCUGGAGGAAGAGCAAAGCAAGAAUGUUCGUGGAUUUCGAGAGGUGAUUGAUCUGAUUUCUGCUUCCCGGAAGCCUAUUGUUGCGCACAACUCACUUGAUGAUUUUAGCUUCAUUCACUCAAAGUUUAUGAGUCCUCUUCCUUUAAGUCUAGACCAGUUCAAGUCCUCUUUAAGCUCGUCCUUCCCCUAUAUCAUUGACUUGGGUCAUUUAAUGAAGGAGUUUAACCCUAAUGGAAAUAUCAAGAAUGUACCUGCAGCAUCAUCAUUCUUGAGAAGUCGGUUCUUUGCACCUAUUGAUAUUGAUAUUCCACUCGAAGGUACACCAGAUGAGAUGAAUAAAGGGAAGAUCUAUGGUCAUAACGUUUUACAGAUAAGUCACGUUUUUGCGAAAUUGUACUCCAUUACAAAAUGCAGGCAGCAAAAGGAAGAAGCAAGCUUAGCACUCGACAACUUUGCAAACAUCUUUGACCAGCACAGUAGUCCUCUCCUUGAUGACUCUAAUGAGGAUAUCAAGAUUUCAUCAAGUAGUAUGAGAAAAUUGAGUUGUGAUGAUGUGGCCUUCUUAUGGGGAUUUAGGUGCGGCUUGACAGCUGGAAAGCUUAAAGAACUCCUCAGUAAAUCGCACAAAGCUUUCUCUGACGAGUUUGACGUACAACUAGUCGAUAAGAGCUGCGCUGUGGUUGCGUUUUGGCAGCCUGGUAUUGCCGCUGCUUUCAUUAAUGCUAUGGCAUCUGGUGGAGAUUGCGAUGAAGGCUUGAAAGAGUUGAUCUUGGAGGGUUUUAAAGCAACAAAUUAUGAAACGUACAAGCGUGUAUGUAACACCAGCAACUGGGACUCCAAUUUGGCUGAUUCCUUGGACCAAGUUGUUGCAUCUGCUAACCAGUGUCCUGUCGAUGAUCAUGAAAAAAGUCCCUAUGAGAUUUGGUGGGAUGACAAGACUGUCCUCAACCUUGAUGACAUAAAACUAUAACUUAUAACUAUAUUUAGUGUCAAGUUUUCGUAGUUCGACACAAAUAUGCGAGUGACAAGUAUCCAAUGUGGGCAUCGGAGUUGUAGUCAAGAAUUUGUUUUCGUCUGCAUAGUCGGAACAUGUGCUAGAGGCUCCAUAGUUUUUAUAGGACGGAGAAUUGAAACCAUUGUCGGUUUUUUGAACUCGAAUACGAAAUUUUGACUGGUGUUGCAUUCUGAAAUCAAAUGCUCGUGUUACAGAGAUUCAUGAACUGCAGUCGAAAAAUCGUGGCUGCUUAGUGCUUACACUUCCUCCGGAUGAUUAUGGCGGUGCUAGAGUAGCGUUCUUUGAUAUGGAAUGGAACUCAUUUGUUCUUAUACUCUCCUUGUACAACAUAACAGAAGUUACAUUCCAAAUGAUUGGAUUGCUUAAUCCUCUGGAUUCAAAAGAUAAUUCCUUCUUUAUAGAUCAGCUUUGUGCUUGGGUUACAUACCUUGUGUUUCUAAUUGUGCCUGAUUUUCAGCAUGAAAAAUGAUUUGUAGAAACUAAUUGUCACCUAACAAUCCAUCUUUUCAAUAUAAGUGCUGAAUUUUGAUUUU